UGCCUGAGGUCUGGGCACCGGGCCACCGCUCACCCUCCAGCGAGGGUUAAACAUUAGUGGGAGGUUAUCGGGUUUGGAAAGGGGGUGGGGAUCUCAUUUGCAACAGUCUUCUCUGCUGGGCCUGCCUGGAGCAGCCGGUUCCCACCCGAGCCCAUACAAUGCCCGUGGAGGAGUUUGUGGCUGGCUGGAUCUCCGGAGCUGUGGGCCUGGUCCUGGGGCACCCAUUUGACACUGUAAAGGUGCGGUUACAGACCCAGAGCACGUACCAGGGCAUUGUGGACUGUGUAGUCAAGACUUAUCGCCAUGAGUCGGUCCUGGGCUUCUUCAAGGGAAUGAGUUUCCCCAUUGCCAGUGUAGCCCUGGUCAACUCUGUCCUCUUCGGAGUGUACAGCAACACGCUGCUGGCACUCACAGCCACCUCCCAUCAGGAACGACGGGCCCAGCCACCCAGCUACACAAACAUCUUCAUAGCAGGUUGUACUGGGGGCCUCCUGCAGGCCUACUUCCUGGCUCCUUUUGACCUCAUCAAAGUCCGUCUACAAAACCAGACAGAGCCAAGGGUGCACUUAGGGAGCUCUGAGUCCCGGUACCGGGGGCCUGUGCACUGUGCAGCCUCCAUCUUGAGAGAAGAGGGACCCUGGGGACUGUUCAGAGGAUCCUGGGCCCUGGUGCUGAGGGACACCCCUACACUGGGAAUGUACUUUGUCACCUAUGAAGGGCUAUGUCGCCAGUACACACCAGAAGGCCAGAAUCCCAGUUCAGCCACAGUACUGGUGGCAGGGGGCUUUGCAGGCAUAGCCUCCUGGAUCACAGCCACACCUUUUGAUGUGAUCAAGUCCCGGAUGCAGAUGGACGGGCUGAAGGGAAGAAAGUACAAGGGGAUGCUGGACUGUAUGGCGAGCAGCUUCCGGCAGGAGGGAAUAGGGGUCUUUUUCAAAGGCAUGACCCUCAACAGUGCCCGUGCCUUUCCUGUUAAUGCCGUCACCUUCCUUAGCUAUGAGUAUCUGCUGCGCUUGUGGAAAUGAGCCUGGCCAGGCAGCACCAGCAACUCCACAGCGGAAUCAUGACUGACAGCAACUUGGCAAAGCACGCUGAAGCACCCAUCUUGCAGGUGCAAAAGCAAGAGGGGCCUUGUAUCGCCCGGAGAGUUAAGGAGCCAGUGUGCAAGAAACCAAUGACUCUGGCCCCAUG